CAGGUGUGGUGCAGCACCUGCGCAACGGCCAGCUCCUCCACCAAGCCUACAAGCGUCACAAUCUCCUCCCCUCCGACUGGUCGCCCCGCCAGGUGUGGAUUGAGACCACAGGUAAGAGCCGCACUCUGCAGAGCGGACUGGCCUUCCUCUACGGCCUUCUCCCGGACUUUGAUUGGACGAAACUAACUGUGCGGCACCAAUGGAGCACGUUGUUCUGUGGGUCGGCCUGCGACUGCCCCGCCAGGAACAGAUACCUGGAGGAAGAGCAGAGGAGGCAGUAUCGGCUCAGAGUGAGCGAUACCGAACUCGAGAGGACUUACGCAGAUAUGGCACGGACUUUGGGUCUGCUGACCCGCCAGCUCCGAGCUGCAAACCCUAUAGACUCCCUGCUGUGCCACCUGUGCCACGGCAUUUCUUUCCCAUGCGUUCCCAUAGGAGAUAGUGGCACCAAGGGAUGUCUGACAAUGGCACAGUUUGCUGUGAUUCGUCGACAGCAGCUAGAUGAUGAGGUGGAUCGGAGAAGAGUGGGACUGUACCAUAAAUACGCCAUUUUGGCAAUGUACCCCUACCUUAACCGAACUGCCACCAAGAUGGAGCGCGUUGCCAGGGACAAAGAGGCUGGCCGACAGCCUCGUGCAGGUGGCGAGGAGGUCUUCACCCUGUCUUCAGCCCACGAUGUCACCAUGGCCCCGUUGCUGAGCGCACUGGGGCUGGAGGAGGCCCGUUUUCCGCGUUUUGCCGCAAGAGUAGUCUUUGAACUGUGGAAAAGUCCACCAGCGAUGCAAGGACAGCCGAAGAAAAAAGCUGGCAAAGGUGAGAAGUCGAAGGCGAAAGACAGGGAGCUGUUCAUCAGGGUGCUGUACAACGGAGAGGAUGUGACAUUUCACACCACCUUCUGUCGCUCCCAUGACCGCCACGCCAGUCAGCCCCUCUGCCCUCUGAAGAACUUCCUGUCUUUUGUCAGGAGAGACAUGUUCAGUGUUGUCAACGCUACUUCCUACCAGGAGGCCUGCUACAGGCGCCCCGCUUGACAGAUGGACAGAUGGAGAGGAGGGUGACUGAGGAAGGAUGCAGCGUUGGCAGAUGGUUUCCCUGUUUUUUUAGAUGUUUUCCACUUUUGAAGAUGGUGCACUUUUAUGCUGCUCAUAGUGUCUUAAAAUUCCACAUAUUUUUUAAUACAGUCCUGGACAUUCCUGAGCACAAAGUGAGCGGCAUACACUCACAAUACUGCACAUCAUAUUUUGGUCAGAGGUCUUCACUAUCUAACCUUUCUACAAACCUCUUUAAAAUUCUUUUUUUUUGUUUAUUGUAUGUUUUCUCAAGCAUAUCUGAAAGAGGUAAGUAAUUCAAGGGAAGUUGUAUGGCACUUAGCCACUUUACUCCUACAUUCCAUAAUACCAUGGAAUUGUAAAAUUCCAGUAUUCCCAAAUGCUUGCAAGAAAAGGGAAUAUUGAAGCUGGAAAUAUUAUGCUGGAUUAAUCAUUCCUGGAAAAUAUUUUGUGCAUAAUAAAUCUUUUCAAUGAAAAUUACACUUUGGCCUAGUUUGGCCUACAUUUAUCAGUAUGACUAAUUUGUCACUUAGCAUUUCUUUUAAUUGUAGUGUUUAUUUAGUAGGCUGUGUAAUGGUUGGGGUUGUUUUCAUUUUGACACUACUACUUUGUUUUCUUUGUUUUAGUAAAAUUGACUGCGGUACUUUGAAAGUGUUUUUUUUCUCCAUUAAUUUACAACUACAGUACGUACAUCUGUAUUUAUAUUAAUUGGUGAUAUAACCGAUCACAUUCCACUUAAUGUUUUUGCUUGUUGGAAAACUGAAUUUAAUAAAGGUUCUUUAUGAGCAGCAGAUAUUCUUAUAUC